GUGUUGCGGAUAAAUUGCAGGAAAACAAUGAAUUUAAAACAAGCAUAAAAGGAGAUCCUGGUAAAGAAGGUGCACGAGGUGAAAGAGGUCCAGAAGGUCCAAUAGGUCCGAAAGGUCCACGGGGUGAAAAAGGUGAUACAGGUGAAAAAGGUGAUACAGGUGAAAAUGGUAAACCAGGUUUACAGGGUUUUGAGGGUCCACAAGGAUUUCUAGGGGUUCCUGGUAGGGAUGCAGAUCCUACAGAGGUUGCUAGUGCGUUGAUCAAAAAUGAUAAAUUAAAAGAUGCUAUUGUUAGCGGCGUUGCAAGCAAUCAAACUUUGCGGGAUAGCGUUGCCAGUAAUACAAUUCUACAAGAUAGCGUUGCCGGUACAUUGAAAGUAGAUAGUAAUUUUCAAGGUGAUAUUGCGGAUAAAUUGAGGGUAGAUGGUAAUUUUCAAAGCGAUAUUGUGAGUAAAUUACAAGACGAUGCUAAAUUUAAAGAAAGCUCAAAAGGAGAACCUGGUAAAGAUGGUGCACCAGGUCCUCAGGGUGCAACAGGUCUACAAGGUGAAACAGGUCCAGCAGGUCCUCAGGGUGAAACAGGUCCACAAGGUGAAACAGGUCCACAAGGUGAAACAGGUCCACAGGGUGAACCAGGCUUACCUAAUAAUAAUGCAAUGGAGCUUUUAGAGUUAGAAUCUACUAGCGGGGUAGGAGACCACCAUGAUAGACACAAAAGAACCCUUAGUAGCUAUCAAGCAUCAUCUGGUACGUUUCAUAUCAUAAAAGGAGAAAAGUAUGGUGAAAUCAAUAUUGCUAGAGUAGUAGAUAAUAAAGACACUGUUGUUGGAGAUUUUGCAGAUAUUGGAUACUUUUUUUACGAUAAUACAUUACAUAUACGCAAUCAUAUUACUGGUACUAGUAUAAGAAUACCGCAGGAAUUCAACUUUUUAAGAGUCGCGGAAGAUAGUGAGGGUACAUUGAAAUUUGCGUUAUGCAAUAGCCUAGGAAAUUUGCUUUCUGAACAUAAAAAAUAUGACCCUGAAUACAGACAAUUACCAAAAUUC